AUGCCUGAACAUCCUGACCAUCCUGUCCAUUUCGAAAGCUUCAACUAUCUAGCCAAUAUAUUCUACGCCAGCUUUGGCUUGGAUGCCUACGAGAAAGUGGGAGUGCAACCAACGAAAAGGGCUUUACGAUUACGUCGCUUAUUGCAAAAAAUAUAUUUCAUCAUAGUAAUUACCAAUAAAAAUAUAUGUUUGCUGAGCGAGUUGAUGUAUAUACUUUUAGCCUUCGCAAACAAUACCAACUUUGUGGAGGCGACUAUGCUCACUUCAUUUAUGGGCUACGUCAUAGUCAGUGAUAUAAAAGUUUUUAGCAUCUGGAGUCAACGUGCACGUAUUGGCGCCUUAAUGCGUGAUCUGUACGCGCUGUAUCCCAAAACUUUGGCCGAACAGCAGUUGUACAAUGUGAAAGGUGAGCUGCAACGUUAUAGACGACUUGCUUAUGCUUUUAUUUUGCUGCACGAAGUGUUAGUCUGGAGCUAUAAUCUCUUUCCGCUGCUCAACUAUCUAAUUUACGACUUUUGGUUGGGGAUACGUGAAGUGGUCAUAGAGUUGCCCUAUAAUUGUUGGAUGCCAUUUGAUUGGCAUGGUAAUUGGCGCUUCUAUCCGAUGCUGAUCCAUCAAAUCGCUGCCGGACAGGUGUGUUUCUCCGGGCAAUUUGCCAAUGAUUUGCUCCUGAGUGCAGUAGCCGUGCAACUAAUUAUGCACUACCGCCGACUGGCCAGAAAGCUUGAAACGCAUGCUGCGGGUUUGGGAAGCGAUACCGAGAAGAAUGAAAAUAUCAGCCAAGCUGUUUACAAUCACAAUUGGUAUGAUGCUGAUUUGCGUUAUAAAAAAAUUAUAUUACUAAUAAUGCAACGCGCCCAAAAACCAGCCAAGUUGCAAGCUACUUCCUUAGUUACUGUCACUAUGUCUACGAUGACGGGUGUGGGUACCGUCUAG